AUGGCCAGUAAUGGCACAAACACCGAUGAACUCCUCAGUAGGAACAUAAGUACCAUCAGUUAUAGUACAAACACUGAUGAUGUCCUCAGAGGGAGCCCAAUUAUCGUCAGAAAUGACACACACAUUGAUGCUGUCCUCAGAAGGAGCCCAACUAACGUCAAAAAUGACACAAACACUGAUGCUGUCCUCAGAAACAGCCCAACUAUCGUCAAAAUUAACAUAAACACCGAUGCUGUCCUCAGAAAAAGCCCAAAUAUCGUAAAAAAUGACACUAACACUGAUGCUGUCCUCAGAAAAAGCCCAACUAUCGUCAAAAAUGACACAAACACUGAUGCUGUCCUCAGAAAAAGCCCAACUAUCGUCAAAAAUGACACACACACUGAUGCUGUCCACAGUAGGAACAAAAAUACCGGCAAUAAUGACACAAACACUGAUGCUGUCCUCAGAAAGAGCCCAACUAUCGUCAAAAAUGACACAAACACUGAUGCUGUCCUCAGAAAAAGCCCAACUAUCGUAAAAAAUGACACAAACACUGAUGCUGUCCUCAGAAAAAGCCCAACUAUCGUCAAAAAUGACACAAACACUGAUGCUGUCCACAGUAGGAACAAAAAUACCGGCAAUAAUGAAUCAAACACUGAUGCUGUUCUCAGAAAAAGCCCAACUAUCGUCAAAAAUGACACAAACACUGCUGCUGUCCUCGGAAGGAGCCCAACUAUCGUCAAAAAUGAGACAAACACUGAUGCUGUCCACAAUAGGGACAAAAAUACCGGCAAUAAUGACACAAACACUGAUGCUGUCCUCAGAAAAAGCCCAACUAUCGUCAAAAAUGACACAAACACUGAUGCUGUCCUCAGAAAGAGACCAACUAUCGUCAAAAAUGAGACAAACACUGAUGCUGUCCACAGUAGGAACAAAAAUACCGGCAAUAAUGACACAAACACUGAUGCUGUCCUCGGAAGGAGUCCAACUAUCGUCAAAAAUGACACACACGCUGAUGCUGUCCGCAGUAGAAACAAAAAUUCCGUCAACAACGAUACAAAUAUUCACGUCGAUACAAAUGACAGGGAUUCUGCUCAUAAUUCCGAAGCCUGA